GCUAUUUGUGAGCCCAACCAAUCAGCGCCAACAGAACAUUGACAUGUUCUGUCACUCAUUAAUUUAGGUUAAUUAGGCAAUGUGAAGGGGGCAAAAUGAAGAACGAAGAUGUUCUACGUAGGACUGCUGAAGACUACAGCAGCUACAUAACCAACACCAACAUCGAGAAGAAGUUGGAGCCAGUGAAUAAGGCAAUAGACGACAUGCUGGCGCGUCUUGAAGAGUUUGAGGCCAUGUUCACCUUUAUCGAGCCGGAUGUAAAGGACUCCAAGGAUAUUCUCAAUUCGAUACUGGCCUACAAACCUGAGUUUGAAGAUCUGUGUGCGAAAAUCGACAGCACCGAGUUCCUGGUCGCUCACAUCAAAAGCAACCUGGAUAUGCUGGAGGCCAAGAUUGAGGAGGCAGAGACGAAACUGGGGGUUUCGGAUACAACUAGCAAGGUUACUGAGAAGGUGUCCAAUAUCUUCACGCCGCUAUUUAAGAAAGCAGCUGAACGAAGAGCGACUAGCGCCAGCACCAAUAUGGAACUGUUCAAAACCGAAGACUAUUUCCAGACCACAGACCUCACUCAGCUUUACUGACCAAAUCAGCAAAUAAGCCAAUAAACUUUUUCCAACUUGAAUAAAAAGACUGGAUAAAAUGGAACAAAUAUAGCAACGCCCUUCGAGGGGUAGAAAAACAGGAUUAUUUGCUGAUUUGGUCAGUAAAUAUUUUUGCACUUCGAUAGGGGUAGCUAGAUUUAUUCGAUUUUUUCCCCAGUUUUUUAUUCGAUAGUUGAAUUUUUUUUUUUAAUUAUCCAGUAUUCAGUUUUUCUAACUGUUUUUGGUAUUAAAUUUUACAAAGAAAAUAUCAGUAGCAGUAAAUUUCCUUUGGCGUUUAGUUUUUUUCUUGAAACAGCCGUUAGCCUUUUUUUGAACAGGCUAUUCAUUGCGUUGCUGCCAAGUAUUCACCAUUAUAGAAGUUGGCAACAACGCAAUAGUUAAACAAAUCGCUGCCUGUUCAAAAAUCCAUACGCUUGUUUUUGACAAAAAAAACCGUGAAAGUAAUUUUCCUGUCACUGAUAUUUUGUUUGUCAAAAUUCAUACCAAAAACAGUAAGAAUUAGAAAAAAACAACCGCAUACUCGAUUAGAAUUUGAAGCAUCCGGCAACAUUGUCGAUCAGCAGGCCCCACUAUCAAAACUGUCGUGUGUCAGUCGCGAUUUAUUGUGGAAACAACUUGUAUCUUAGGAUUAUUUUUUCAGCAAUUUCUAAGAAUAAUUGAAAUAAAACUCUGUUAAAUCAU